UUCAGCCAAUCGGCGGCGGCCGGCGUCGGGUGCACUCCGCCUCGCCCGUGGCCCUCCGGCCUCCGGCUCUCGCUCCCUGCGCGCUCAGUGCGCUGCCUCCCCUGCCGCCGCCGCCGCCGCCGCCGCCGCCGCCGCCGCCGCGCCUCCGUUCGCUGACUCGGAGAUUGCCGAAGAUGGCAGAAGCUCACCAAGCCGUGGCCUUCCAGUUCACGGUCACCCCGGACGGGAUCGACCUGCGGCUGAGCCACGAAGCCCUCAAGCAAAUCUAUCUGUCUGGACUGCAUUCCUGGAAAAAGAAGUUCAUCAGAUUCAAGAAUGGCAUCAUCACUGGUGUGUACCCGGCGAGCCCCUCCAGUUGGCUCAUUGUGGUGGUGGGUGUGAUGUCAACCAUGUAUGCCAAGAUCGACCCCUCGCUGGGGAUCAUUGCGAAAAUCAAUCGGACCCUGGACACGACCAGCUGCAUGUCCAGCCAGACGAAGAACGUGGUCAGCGGCAUCCUCUUCGGCACGGGCCUGUGGGUGGCCCUCAUCGUCACCAUGCGCUACUCCCUCAAGGUGCUGCUAUCCUACCACGGCUGGAUGUUCGCCCAGCACGGCAAGAUGAGCCGCGCCACCAAGAUCUGGAUGAGUGCGGUCAAGAUCUUUUCAGGCCGAAAACCCAUGUUGUACAGCUUCCAGACGUCGCUGCCACGCCUGCCGGUCCCGGCCGUCAGGGACACCGUGAACAGGUAUCUAGAAUCGGUGAAGCCUCUAAUGAAGGAAUCUGACUUUAAACGGAUGGCGGUUCUGGCAGAAGACUUUGCGGUCAGCCUUGGACCCAAAUUGCAGUGGUAUCUGAAGUUAAAAUCCUGGUGGGCUACUAACUACGUGAGCGACUGGUGGGAGGAGUACAUCUACCUGCGAGGACGAGGGCCGCUGAUGGUGAACAGCAACUACUAUGCCAUGGACUUGCUGUACGUCCUACCGACUCAGAUCCAGGCAGCGAGAGCGGGCAACGCUAUCCACGCCAUCUUGCUCUAUAGACGAAGGCUGGACCGGGAGGAGAUCAAGCCGAUUUUUGUGUUGGGAUCCACAGUUCCGCUCUGCUCUGCUCAGUGGGAGCGAAUGUUUAAUACUUCGCGGAUCCCAGGAGAGGAGACGGACACCAUCCAGCACAUACGGGACAGCAAGCACAUCGUCGUGUUCCACGAGGGGCGCUACUUCAAGGUCUGGCUCUACCAUGAUGGCAGGCUGCUGACGCCCCGCGAGAUUGAGCAGCAGAUGCAGAGGAUUCUGGACGACCCGUCGGAGCCUCAGCCAGGGGAGGCCAAGCUGGCGGCCCUCACCGCGGGAGAAAGAGUUCCCUGGGCCAAGUGUCGCCAAGCCUAUUUUGGGCGCGGGAAAAACAAGCAGUCCCUUGAUGCUGUGGAAAAGGCAGCGUUCUUCGUGACGCUCGAUGAAACAGAGCAAGGGUACAGGAAGGAAGACCCGGAUGCAUCCAUGGACAGCUACGCCAAGUCUCUCCUACACGGCAGGUGUUUUGACAGGUGGUUCGAUAAGUCUUUCACGUUCAUUGCCUUCAAAAACGGGAAGAUAGGCAUGAACGCCGAGCACUCCUGGGCCGACGCGCCCAUUGUUGCACACCUGUGGGAGUAUGUCCUGGCCAUGGACUCCUUUCACCUGGGCUAUGCGGAGGACGGGCACUGCAAGGGCGACCCCAACCCAAAUAUUCCGUACCCCACACGGCUGCAGUGGGACAUCCCGGAGGAAUGUCAAGAGGUGAUAGAGACUUCCCUGAACAGCGCCAACAUUCUGGCAAAUGACGUGGAUUUCCACUCUUUCCCAUUCCACACCUUUGGUAAAGGGCUGAUCAAGAAGUGCCGUACGAGCCCGGAUGCCUUCGUCCAACUUGCUCUCCAGCUGGCGCAUUACCAGGACAUGGGCAAAUUUUGCCUGACGUACGAGGCCUCCAUGACCCGGCUCUUCCGAGAGGGGAGGACGGAGACCGUGCGUUCCUGUACCGCUGAGUCGUGCAACUUUGUGCUCGCCAUGGUGGACCCCACCCAGACGGUUGAGCAGAGGCUCAGGUUGUUCCAGAUCGCAUCCGAGAAGCACCAGCAUCUGUACCGACUCGCAAUGACUGGCUCUGGGAUCGACCGCCAUCUCUUCUGUCUUUAUGUGGUGUCCAAAUACCUGGCCGUGGACUCCCCUUUCCUGAAGGAAGUUUUAUCUGAGCCGUGGAGAUUAUCGACCAGCCAGACUCCUCAGCAGCAGGUGGAGCUGUUUGAUUUGGAGAGGAAUCCGGAAUAUGUGUCCAGCGGAGGGGGCUUCGGGCCAGUCGCCGACGAUGGUUAUGGCGUGUCAUACAUCCUCGUGGGAGAGAACCUCAUCAGUUUCCAUAUAUCUUCCAAGUUCUCCAGCCCUGAGACCGACUCGCAUCGCUUUGGGAAGCACCUGAAACAAGCAAUGACUGACAUCAUCAGCUUGUUUGGGUCCAGCGCCAACUCCAGAAAGUAAUUCCGCUAGAGCCGUCGUGAAGGAAAACGAGCUCUUCCGAUGAAAAACCAAAUGAAAAUUAGCUGUCGAUCCUGAUUGUAGUUCAGGAUGCAAAUUUGCUCUACAAAACUCAGAAGUUUUCCUUCCAUUGAGGGUUUGGUGUUUUUCUUUUUAUAGAACAGCAGGCCUCCACCACGUGAAGUGUAACUACUUCCUGGCAGGUCCUGACUUUGGGAAUGUUUUGAUAAAGUGCUCCCCCUCCCCAAAAGUUUUUGCAUCUGCCUGUGUUGACUGAGGGACGAGAAUAUGGUUGAGCUCUUGAAGGGAUUAGUGGGGUUGUGACUUCACACAUUGGACAUGCAAGUGGCACGUUUCCUCGCGGAGUGACCCAAGACCUGGUACUUAGGGGCAUUUCCUUUUAGCAGAGCUGCUUUUGUGCAGAGAGGAAAGUGGUCGAGUUUUGGAGAGGUUAACCAUUCGUAGCUGACGCAUGUGAAACGCACUAACGGAGAUACUGUGCUUCUGGAAACAGUUUUUGUCACUGUGGGUAACUGUGUCAUCAGCCGAUUUGGUAGCCUGUAUUUGCCUCCCUGUGUUGGAAGUGCGUAGUCCGCCCCAUCUUUAGUUUUACUGACCGUGCAAGUCUUCAAAACCCAGUGCCUUAAAAGCGGGAGGCCCUAAGCGAAAGGGAGACCGUGGGAAAGAUUUCCUGUGUCAGGUCUUCAGGUGGACUUGUGAGUGUCUUGCUCCCCUUCUCAAUUUAGCGAAUGGGUAACCCUUAAAUAAGUGUUUCCUAUGGUUUCCCUGCCCCUAGAAAGGCCAGUUCCCUCCUGAGGGCAGCCGGGCUGGAUUCCCCCAUCAUCAGACUGCUUUCCUUGUGUCAUUAAGCAACAAAAGAAAGGGUGUGUGUGUGUGUGUGUGUGUGUGAGAGAGAGAGAGACAGAGAGAGAGAGAGAUGGGGAGCAAGGGAUGUCAUGGUCAAGUGUGAGGUGUCUGGAGCAGUCACUGAAGAAGAAAGGAUAAGCCGUGGCUCUGGAGCACCCCUUACCCAAGCUGACAGCAAGGGAGGGCAUGACAUUUACCGCUGACAAAGGAAUAAAGCUUGAGAAACAGGAAGAAUAGCCUCAAAAUGGUCAGGAGAGUGCAGCGCCAGUCAGCUCCAAGAGUGCUUUCGAGUCCCACCUGGCGAGAGAGAACCACUCUCCUUUCCAGAGGAGAUGGGGGGAGAUGGAAACGGCAGGCCACGUCAUCUUGGUGACGGAUGAAAAUGUCGCAGGUGACAGGUGCUAGGUUUAACACAGCCUGCCCUUCAGAUGGGUGUGCCUUUGUCUGAAAGCGUCUGACCGACCAAAAAGCAAUUAUGCACUGAAUCGUCUUCAGUAUUUAAUGUAAAAAUAAAGGAUCACGGAACGAGAAAGACCCACUGCCUCCGGGCCAUAAUGACCAGCUUAGCUGUCCAUUUUUAAAACUGUGUAUUUAUUCUUCUGACCACUCUGUUCUGGUGGGGCCUGCCUCUGUGAGAGCUGUGCGCUCCGGCGAUUACCAGGCGGGGCUGUUGGAGGAGACGGGCGCCUGCCGCAGCGCACCUCCAUAUUUUAUAUAUGUAUAUGUGAUAAUGUAAAAAUCCCACCUAAACGGGCCAAAGAUUUUUUUUUCUCUUAAAAGCAAGAAGAAAUGAAAACACACAAAAAACUAAAGUGAAAACCAACAAGUACAGUAACAACCCCCGCCCCCCAUUCAUCCAUGGUUCAUAGUGGAGGAGGUGUGGGGGGAAAUGGCCCACUCUGCCCUGGCCCGGCGUGGCUUCCAGUCAGAGCAGGCAUCAGUCACUAUCAGAGCCACCCCAACCCUCUGCUAUCGACCACUGACCUUAGCGUUCCCAUGUGAAUUCCAAUGUAGCCGUGGAGCACUCAAACACGUUUGGGCUCGUCUCUCAGGUUUAAAUAUUUCAAAUGUAAUUAAUUGUUAACCAGUGCAGUUACCAAUGCAAUUUUAUAUUUCCUAAAAGAAGGAAGAGUGGGUUUUUAUUGUACAUGUUGAAAGGAGGAGGGAAGAGUAUUAUGUAUUUAAUUUAAUUUGGAAUAAGCCAUAGUCUUAAAAGAGCUGUGGUUUGAAUUUGUUAUCUUGGGCUGUCCAUUGCAUGUAAAUACAAGAUGCUCUUUUGGAUGUAAAUCUGGGAACUGUAGUAUGAAUGUUAUCAUUAAUAAAACAUUAAUCCCA